AUGAUCAAGUCACUUGACAUUGGAGAGUUUUCAAGUGGAAAAGGUUUAAAUCAAGAAACCAGUCUAACAUGUGCGGGUGAUACACAUUUGGGCUCUCACUAUGGCACUUUAGUGAGAUUGGUCAAUAUGUUUUCAUCUGUGAUUGAAGUGCUUGAAUUUGUCUCCGAGGAUUGUUUAAAUACAGAUCAAAAAGUAGAGUCAAAUGUGUUGUUGGAGAAUUUACAAUCUUUUGAAUUUGUUCUCAAUCUUCAUUUGAUGAGAGCAAUAUUGGCCAUAACAUCAGAGUUAUCACUCGCACUUCAAAGAAAAGAUCAAGAUAUUUGGUCAGCCACUAAGUUGUUGCUUUGUGUGGCAUGUUUGAAUCUUUGCAACUCAUUUUCUAGCUUUGACAAGAAGAAGUUGAUUCGUCUUGCUGAAUUAUAUCCCAAUGAAUUCUCUCAAGUGGAACUUAUGGUACUUCAUCAGCUUGACACGUAUAUUUUUGACAUGCGCACCAGUGAUGAGUUCUCAAGCUUAAAUAGAGUUGCUGAUCUUUCUAGAAAAAUUAUGGAGACCAAAAGAGGGAAAGUAUAUCCUUUUGUUUCCUUACUCUUGACUUUGUCAUUAAUUUUACCGAUUGCCAUUGCAAUAGUUGAAAGGGUAUUUUCAGCCAUGAACAUUGUGAAAGAUCGGUUGCGAAAUAAAAUGAGUGAUCAAUGGUUGAACGACAGUUUAGUGGUCUACGUAGAGAGAGAUAUUUUUUUUGGAGUUACGAAUGAGACCAUCAUGCAACACUUUCAAAAGAUGAAACUCGGCGGGGUUUACUAG